GAAGCAGAGCGUGGAAUGUUGGUACAUUGUUGUUGUUUUGUAGUUAAUUUAGUACGAGGAUACAACGCUGCCCGGCUGCUCAACGCUUUAAACCAACUGCGUCAAGUUACCCCGUCGCCUUUCGGAAACCUACUCCGCCAGAUUUUACGCAUUCCUGUUCACAGAUCUCCGCGUCCACAGAGUGUGUCUUCUGUGAGAUUCUGGCCAGUUGUCUGCAUGCAGGGAAUGACGACUCAUUUCAAGACGAGCAAAGCUUUAAAGGUCAAGAGGGAGGUGGGCGAGAAUGCCCCAGCGCUCAGCGACGAUGAGUUGGUGGCCAUGUCGGUGCGGGAACUCAACCAGCACCUUCGUGGGCUGACCAAGGAGGACGUUGUGCGGUUGAAGCAGCGACGACGGACCCUGAAAAACCGGGGCUACGCUGCCAGCUGCCGCAUCAAACGCGUCACCCAGAAGGAGGAGCUGGAGAGACAAAAGUCAGAGCUGCAACAUGAGGUGGACAAGCUGGCCCGAGAGAAUGCCAGCAUGAGGUUGGAGCUGGAUGCCCUGCGAGCCAAGUAUGAGGCCCUGCAGUGUUUUGCCCGGACUGUGACCCGUGGGCCCCUCUCGCCGGGCAAGGUGGCCACCACUAGCGUCAUCACCAUCGUCAAGUCUGCAAACCACAACUCCAGCCCGACCCCAUUCUCAGCUCCCUCCUAG